GUCCGAUGUCUUCUGAGACACAUGAUAGGUCCCAGAAGGCUCCGGGCCAUUCACAAAGCGCAGCGCUUCUCGCGCAUGUGCAGUCCACAGUCUCUGCUAAUCUCCUUUACUGUUUGCAGUCUCUGGUCAUCCCCUGCAUUGUCUGCAGUCUCUGGUCAUCUGUACUAUCAUUCCACAGUCUGUGGUCAUCAUUCCCUGUACUGUGUUCGCAGUCUUUGGUCAUUCCCUGUACUAUGUCCGCAGUCUCUGGUCAUCUCCUGUACUAUGUCCGCAGUCUCUGGUCAUCUCCUGUACUGUGUCCGCAGUCUCUGUCACUGUACUGUGUCCGCAGUCUCUGGUCAUCUCCUGUACUGUGUCCGCAGUCUCUGGCCAUCUCCUGUACUGUGUCCGCAGUCUCUGGUCAUCCCCUGUACUAUGUCCGCAGUCUCUGGUCAUCUCCUAUCCUAUGUCCGCAGUCUCUGGUCAUCCCCUGUACUGUGUCCGCAGUCUCUGGUCAUCUCCUGUACUAUGUCUGCAGUCUCCGGUCAUCUCCUGUACUAUGUCCGCAGUCUCUGGUCAUCUCCUGUCCUAUGUCCGCAGUCUCUGGUUAUCCCCUG